CACGUGCGAGUGGUUUGAUUCGCCUCUACUGACCGACGGCAGCCGCAAAACCUCACAGGCAGCUGCUCCGCGCGCAGUCACUGCUUCGCGCGGCUCGGGGGCGUUUCUUUUCAAGCAGAAGUCAACUUUCUCAAACCACUUAGCCCGUCCACUCUGCAGACUUUCCUUUGCUGGAGAUGACAGGACGUUCAGACUAUUCUUUGGGGUCGUAACAGUUUUGGAGUCUCUUUUAAAAUAUUUAAACAACGUCAAAGUUCUUUGCGUGAAGGGAUUUCGUUAAUACAGUGGUUAGAGUUACCUGGGUUACCGCGCAGAAAAUGUGCGGGUUUUAGCUAGUAACCGGGCAAAACAUUUUUUCCCUCAAGGAUUACGACGCAAAGUUGAACUCCGUGUGAUGGGGACUCUCUGGGUUAUGCAGUGCGCGGUUGGAUGUGUGGCGUUACUGAGCGUUGUGGUGACGGGACAAACUACUGGAAACCAGGGGAGAAGCGCUUUCAAGACAAAUGAGGACACGCACGCACCAUCGAGCCGAAUGCGGAGACGAGGGCGACAGGAUCAGUUGAGAGGGCCGAAUGUAUGUGGGUCACGCUUCCAUUCCUACUGCUGCCCUGGAUGGAAGACUUUGCCCGGGGGCAACCAAUGUAUUGUGCCCAUCUGUCGGAACAGCUGCGGAGACGGGUUCUGCUCGCGCCCCAACAUGUGCACGUGCGCUAACGGGCAGAUAGCGCCCAGCUGCGGGGCCAAAUCCGGCUCGCAGUGCAACAUCAGGUGUAUGAAUGGUGGCGUGUGCGCGGAGGACCACUGCAAGUGUCCGAAGGGCUACAUCGGGACAUACUGUGGCCAACCGGUCUGUGAGAGCGGCUGUCAGAACGGCGGGCGCUGCAUCGGGCCCAACCGGUGCGCCUGCGUCUACGGCUUCACCGGCCCCCAGUGUGAGAGAGACUACCGCACCGGGCCCUGCUUCACGCAGGUGAGUAACCAGAUGUGCCAGGGCCAGAUGAGCGGCAUCGUGUGCACCAAGACGCUGUGCUGCGCCACCGUGGGCCGCGCCUGGGGGCACCCCUGCGAAAUGUGCCCCCCCCAGCCCCAACCCUGCCGCCGCGGCUUCAUCCCCAACAUCCGCACUGGGGCCUGCCAAGAUGUGGAGGAGUGCCUGGCCAUCCCCGGGCUCUGUAAGGGGGGCACCUGCCUCAACACCGUGGGGUCCUACGAGUGCAAGUGUCCCGCCGGCCACCUGCAGAACGAGGGCACACAGAAGUGCGAGGAUGUGGACGAGUGUGCGACCGUCCCGCACGUGUGUGGCGGCGGGCAGUGCCAGAACACGGCGGGCAGCUACACCUGUUCCUGCCCACCUGGGUACGCCCAGUCGCCGGACGGAACCCGCUGCGUUGACCCGCGCCUGGGCUCCGUGGUUCACGGCACGCCUGCCAGCCUAACGGCUGCCUGCUCAGGUGCAGUGCCCCGCACACUUCUACACCUAACACCCCACACACGUAGCACAUCCCCAAAAUACACUAACGCCAACAUCCCCAAACUCACUAACACCAACACCCCCAAACACACUAACACCAACACCCCCAAACUCACUAACACCAACAUCCCCAAACACACUAACACCAACAUCCCCAAACACACUAACACCAACAUCCCCAAACACACUAACACCAACACCCCCAAACUCACUAACACCAACAUCCCCAAACACACUAACACCAACAUCCCCAAACUCACUAACACCAACAUCCCCAAACACACUAACACCAACACCCCCAAACUCACUAACACCAACAUCCCCAAACUCACUAACACCAACAUCCCCAAACACACUAACACCAACAUCCCCAAUGUCCCGCGCGUAGAGGAGUUCCACAGGCUGUGCCUCGGGGGGGCGCCCGACGGGGGACGCUUCCCAGGGGGGGACCCCGGAGUCGUGGGGGGGGGCAAAUGGAAGCCCCUCAUCCCCGGAGAUUACGACUUCACCUUCAACGGCGGGCGGCUUCCCCCCUCCCACGGGGACGGGCCCAGGCUGCCCUCCCCGGAGUUCGCCACGCUGAACCAGACGGUGGACAUCUGCCAGCUGCUGAACAACCUGUGCCUGAACGGCCGCUGCAUUCCGGUGCCUUCCAGCUACCGCUGCGAGUGCAACAUGGGCUUCACACAGGACGCCCGCGGAGACUGCACAGAUGUGGACGAGUGUGCCUCUGACCCCUGUGUAAACGGAGACUGUGUGAACACUCCCGGGUCCUACCACUGCCGCUGCCACUCAGGCUUCCAGAGGAUCCCAGCCAAACAGACCUGCAUCGACAUCGACGAGUGCCUUCACAACGGCGUGCUCUGCAGGAACGGUCGCUGCCUCAACACGGACGGGAGCUUCCAGUGCAUCUGCAACGCAGGCUUCCAGCUCGCCCCCGACGGGAAGAACUGCGUCGACCACGACGAGUGCACCACCACCAACAUGUGCCUGAACGGCAUGUGCAUCAACGAGGACGGCAGCUUCAAGUGCGUGUGCAAGACGGGCUUCACCCUGGCCUUCAGCGGCCGCUACUGCACCGACGUCGAUGAGUGCCAGACGCCGGGCAUGUGCAUGAACGGCCGCUGUGUGAACACGGAGGGGUCCUUCCGCUGCGACUGCCCGGCGGGGCUGGCUGUGGGCGCGGACGGGCGGCUCUGCGCGGACACCCACAUGCGCAGCACCUGCUACGGGGCGAUUAAGAAGGGCGUGUGCGUGCGCCCCUUCCUGGGCGCGGUCACCAAGUCUGAGUGCUGCUGCGCUGACGCUGACUACAGCUUUGGGGAGCCCUGCCAGCCCUGCCCUGCCAAGAGCUCAGCCGAAUUCCAGGCCCUGUGUGUGAGUGGCAUCGGAUUUUCUGUGGACGGGACAGACAUCAACGAGUGUGCCCUGAACCCGGACAUCUGCUCCAACGGGGUGUGUGAGAACCUGCGGGGGGGGUACCACUGCAUCUGCAACGCCGGCUACGAGGCCGACCGCACGGGCAAGCACUGCGCCGACAUCGAUGAGUGUAUGGUGAACAGACUCCUCUGUGAUAACGGACUUUGCCGGAACAUUCCCGGCAGCUACAGCUGCACCUGCCCCAAGGGCUUCCUCUUCAGACAGGACUCCGAGACGUGUGAAGAUGUGGAUGAGUGUGAGAGUAACCCCUGUGUUAACGGGGUGUGUAAGAACACUGCCGGAUCCUUCGCCUGUGAGUGUGCCCCCGGGAGCAAGCUGGACGCCACCGGCCUCGUCUGCAUCGACAGCCUGAAGGGGACGUGCUGGCUGAACGUGCAGAACGGCCGCUGUGAGGUGAACAUUAACGGCGGCACGCUCAAGUCUGAGUGCUGUGCCACGCUGGGCGCGGCCUGGGGAAGCCCCUGUGAGCCGUGUGAGAUCGAUACUGCCUGUUCAAGAGGAUACGCACGGCCCAAAGGAGUGGUGUGUGAAGAUGUGAACGAGUGCGAGGUCUUCCCGGGCGUCUGCCCGAACGGGCAGUGUGUGAACACCCAGGGGUCCUUCCAGUGCCAGUGUCCCGAGGGGCUGACGCUGGACGGGUCCGGCCGCGUCUGUGUGGACGUGCGCUCGGAGCACUGCUUCCUGACGUGGGACGAGGACGCGUGCGGCCAGCCCGUGCCGGGCCGUUUCCGCGCCGACGCCUGCUGCUGCACGGUGGGCGCGGCCUGGGGGGCGGACUGCGAGGCCUGCCCCGAACCCGGCACCCGCCACUACGAGACCCUGUGCCCGCGUGGGCCCGGGUUCGCCAGCCGCGGCGACCUGCUCACCGGCAGGCCCUUCUAUAAAGACAUCGAUGAGUGUCGGAUCUCUCCGGACCUGUGUGGCAGCGGUGUGUGUGUGAACACGCCCGGCAGCUUCGAGUGCGAGUGUUUCCCCGGGUACGAGAGCGGCUUCAUGAUGAUGAAGACCUGCAUGGACAUCGACGAGUGUGAGAGGAACCCUGCGCUCUGUCAGGGGGGGUCCUGUGAGAACACAGAGGGGAGCUACCAGUGCCUCUGCCCCCCCGGCCACCAGCUGUCCCCCGACGAAAACUCCUGCAUCGAUGUGAACGAGUGUGAGCUGAGCAGCAGCCUCUGCCCACACGGGACGUGUGUGAACAUGGUGGGCACCUAUCAGUGCUCCUGUGACCCAGGGUACCAGGCCACGCCCGACCGGAAGGGCUGCACGGACAUCGAUGAGUGCACCAUCGAGAACGGAGGGUGUGACUUCCUGUGUACAAACUCGGAGGGGAGCUACACCUGCAGCUGCAGCACCGGCUACGCCCUGAUGACCGACGAGAGGACCUGCACAGACGUGGACGAGUGCGAGGAGGAGCCUGGGAUAUGCGAUGGCGGGCAGUGCGCUAACGUCCCCGGGGAGUACCACUGCCUCUGCUUCGACGGCUUCAUGGCCUCCGUGGACAUGAGGAUCUGCAUAGAUGUGAACGAGUGCGAGCUGAACGCCAACAUCUGCAUGUUCGGGGAGUGUGAGAACACCAAGGGCUCGUUCGUCUGCCACUGUGAGCCCGGGUACUCUCUCCGCAAGGGCAUGACCGGGUGCACAGAUGUGGACGAGUGUGAGAUCGGAGCGCAUGACUGCCACCUGCAGGCCUCCUGCCUCAACAUACCCGGCGGCUUCCUGUGCUCCUGCCGCGAGGGAUGGGUGGGCGACGGGGUCACCUGUGUGGACCUGGACGAGUGCACUAAUGGGACUCACAGCUGCAGUGAUGACGCUCGCUGCGUGAACACGCCCGGCUCCUACCGCUGCACCUGCCUAGAGGGCUACACCGGCGACGGCUACACCUGCACAGAUGUGGAGGAGUGUGCGGAGAACGUGGAGCUGUGUGAGAACGGGCAGUGCCUCAACACCCCGGGGGGGUACCGCUGCGAGUGUGAGAUGGGCUUCAACCCCGCCCCCGACAGCAGGUCCUGCCAAGACAUCGAUGAGUGCGCCUUCCAGAACCUCUGUGUUUUCGGCACGUGCAAGAACAUCCCCGGAAUGUUCCGGUGCAUCUGCGACGAGGGGUACGAGCUGGACAGGUCAGGAGGCAACUGCACAGACGUGGACGAGUGCCUGGACCCCAUCAACUGCGUGAACGGGCACUGCGUGAACACGCCGGGGUCAUACGUGUGCGACUGCCCGCCGGACUUCGAGCUCAACCCCACGGGCGUCGGCUGCGUCGAUGCUCGUAUGGGGAACUGUUACCUGGAGCUGGGUCGGGACGGCGGAGGGCAGCUGGAGUGCAGUGUGGAGGUGGGCGUGGCCGUUAGCCGCGCCUCCUGCUGCUGCUCUCUGGGACGGGCGUGGGGGAACCCCUGCGAACUCUGUCCUGCCGUCAACACCACGGACUACAACACACUCUGCCCAGGAGGAGAGGGGUUCCGACCCAACCCCAUCACCAUCAUACUGGAGGACAUCGAUGAGUGCCUGGAGCUGCCGGGCCUGUGCCAGGGGGGGAACUGUGUGAACACUUUCGGCAGCUUCCACUGCGGCUGUCCCCCCGGGUACUACCUGAACGAGGACAGCCGGAUCUGCGAGGACAUUGACGAGUGUGUGAUGAACCCUGGGAUCUGUGGUCCGGGCACCUGUUACAACACGCUGGGGAACUACACCUGCGUGUGCCCCCUGGACUACAUGCAGGUCAACGGGGGCAACAACUGCAUGGACAUGAGGAAGAGCCAGUGCUACCGCACCUUCAACGCCUCGGUGUGCGAGAACGAGCUGGCCGUCAACGUCACCAGGAGGCUGUGCUGCUGCUCCUACAACAUGGGCAAGGCCUGGAACAGACCCUGUGAGGCCUGCCCCACACCUGGCACAGGAGACUAUAAGACGCUCUGUGGGAACAUCGUCCCGGGGUUCAAGAUUGACAUAGAAACGGGGAAACCUGUAGAUAUCGAUGAGUGCCGGGAGAUCCCGGGAAUCUGUGCCAGCGGCGUCUGCAUCAACCAGAUCGGCAGCUUCCGGUGCGAAUGUCCCACGGGCUUCACCUACAACGACCUGCUGCUGGUGUGCGAGGACAUUGACGAGUGCAGCAGCGGGGAGACGCUGUGCCAGAGGAACGCAGACUGCAUUAACAGCCCUGGGAGCUACCGCUGCGAAUGUGCAGAGGGGUACAGCCUGUCCCCCAACGGAGCCUGCCUGGAUCGUAAUGAGUGUGAGGAGAUCCCUAACGUCUGCAGUCAUGGCGAGUGUGUGGACCUCCAGGGUGGCUACCGCUGCGUUUGUCACAACGGCUUCAAGGCCACGCCCAAUCGCCAUAUGUGCAUGGAUGUGGACGAGUGUGUGCGGCAGCCCUGUGGGAACGGGACCUGCAAGAACACGGUGGGCUCCUUCAACUGCCUGUGCUACCCCGGCUUCGAGAUCACGCACAACAACGACUGCAUAGACGUUGAUGAGUGCAGGACGUCCUACGGGACGCUGUGUAGACACGGGCAGUGCAUCAACAGCGUGGGCUCCUUCCAGUGCCUGUGUGAGCCCGGCUACGAGCUCACGGGGGACGGCAAGAACUGCGUGGACGUAGACGAGUGUGUGAUCUUUCCGGGGACCUGCGCUCCGGGGACCUGCCUCAACCUGGACGGCUCGUUCCGCUGCGCCUGCCCCCCCGGCUACGCCGUUCGGGACGAGCAGUGUGUGGACGUGAACGAGUGCGAGGACGACCCCAACAUCUGCCUGUUCGGGUCCUGCUCCAACAGCCCCGGGAGCUUCCAGUGCGUGUGCAGGCCCGGCUUCGUGCUGUCCGAGAACGGCCGCCGCUGCUUCGACACUCGGGAGAGCUACUGCUUCACCAAGUUUGAGAACGGGAAGUGCUCCAUCCCCCAGGCCUUCAACACCACCAAGGCCAAGUGCUGCUGCAGCAACAUGCCCCACGAGGGCUGGGGGGACCCCUGCGAGCUGUGCCCCACGGAGGCCUCAGCUGCCUUCCGCGAGCUUUGCCCGUUUGGACAUGGUAUCAUCCCAGGGAUCGGAGAUACUCGAAUAGACCUGAACGAGUGUGUGGAGAACCCGGGGAUCUGCUCCAACGGCCACUGCAUCAACACGGACGGGUCCUUCCGCUGCGAGUGCUCCACGGGCUACACCCUGGACUUCUCCGGGGUCCACUGCACCGACGCGGACGAGUGCUUGGUGGGGAACCCGUGUGGGAACGGCACCUGCUCGAACGUGAUUGGUGGAUUCGAGUGCAGCUGCGAGGACGGGUUCGAGCCUGGGCCCAUGAUGACCUGUGAGGAUAUUAACGAGUGCGGACAGAACCCCCUGCUCUGCGCGUUCCGCUGUGUGAACACCUUCGGGGGGUACGAGUGCACCUGUCCCGGCGGGUACACCUUGAGAGCCGACGGGAGGAUGUGCCAGGACCAGGACGAGUGCGCGGAGGGGCUGCAUGACUGCGAGUCCCGGGGCAUGACCUGCAAGAACCUGAUCGGCACCUUCAUGUGCGUCUGCCCCCCCGGGAUGGUCCGUCGCCCCGACGACGAGAUGUGCCAGGAUGAGAACGAGUGUCGAACCCGGCCUGGGGUCUGUGAGAACGGGCAGUGUGUGAACACGCUGGGCAGCUACACCUGCGAGUGCGCCCAGGGUUUCCGUGCCGACGCCACCAAGACCCACUGCCUCGAUUACAGAGAGGCCUUCUGCUUCUUCGAGGUGCUGCAGACCAUGUGUCAGAUGUCCUCCAGCAGCCGGAGCCUGUCCACCAAGUCCCAGUGCUGCUGUGACGGGGGGCGGGGCUGGGGCAACCAGUGCGACCUCUGCCCCCUGCCUGGCUCCGCCCACUACAAGAAGCUCUGCCCCCACGGGCGGGGCUACACCACCGACGGCACAGACAUCGACGAGUGCAAGGUCAUGCCCAACCUGUGCACCAACGGCAGGUGCAUCAACACCAUGGGCUCGUUCAGGUGCCACUGCAAGACGGGCUACACCGCGGACAUCACGGGAACGUCCUGCGUGGAUGUGGACGAGUGUGUCAUGUCCCCGAAACCCUGCAACUUCAUCUGCAAGAACAGCGAGGGCAGCUACUCCUGCUCCUGCCCCCGGGGGUACCUGCUGCAGGAGGACGGCCGCACCUGCAAGGAUCUGGACGAGUGUCAGACCAAGAGGCACAACUGCCAGUUUCUGUGUGUGAACACCAUCGGGGGCUUCACCUGCAAGUGCCCCCCCGGCUUCACCCAGCACCACACCGCCUGCAUCGAUAAUAAUGAGUGUGCUGCAGAGCCCUCUCUCUGUGGUGAUAAGGGCAUCUGCCAGAACUCCCCGGGCAGCUUCACCUGCGAGUGCCAGCGGGGGUUCACCCUGGACCUCUCCGGGCUGCACUGCGAUGAUGUGGACGAGUGUUCCAGCAGUCACCACCGCUGCCAGCACGGGUGCCAGAACAUGAUUGGGGGGUACCGCUGCAGCUGCCCCAAGGGGUACACCCAGCACUACCAGUGGAACCAGUGUGUGGAUGAGAACGAGUGCUCGAACCCCGGCCAGUGCGGGACGGCGUCCUGCUACAACACGCUGGGCAGCUUCCGCUGCGCCUGCCCGUCGGGCUACGCCUUCGAGCCAGAGGCCAGCCACUGCGCAGACGUGGACGAGUGCUCCUCCCUGCGCAACCCCUGCAGCUACGGCUGCUCCAACACCGAGGGGGGGUACCUGUGCGGCUGCCCCCCCGGGUACUACCGCGUGGGCCAGGGCCACUGCGUGUCGGGCGUGGGGUUCUGGAAGGGUCGCUACGCCCCCCCGGCGAUGGAGGCGGAGGAGGACGAGGAGAACAGCCUGUCCCCCGAGGCCUGCUACGACUGCAAGGUCAACGGGUACCCCAAAAAGAGCGGCCGGAGGAGGCGGGGGGCCAACGAGACCGAGACCUCCCAGGAGGCGCCGGUCAGCCUGGCUAGCGUGGACAUGGACGUGACGCUGGCGCUCAACGUGUCGCAGCUCGACCCGCAGGAGCACAUCCUGGAGCUGGUGCCGGCCCUCAAGCCGCUGGCCAAUCACGUGUCCUACGCCAUCACCGCCGGCAACGAGGGCGGGGCCUUCCGCAUCCAGCAGCGGCGGGGCCUGAGCUACCUGCACGCCACGCGGCGGGCCGUCCCGCGGGGGCGCUACGCCCUGGAGGUGGCCAGCAGGCCCCUGUACAGCCACGCCCAGCUGCGCGAGCUGGAGAGACGCAGGGACAGGGACUACCUCUCCGGGGAGCUGGGGGAGGACCUGCGCAUGAGGGUGCACAUCCGCCUGCUGUAGGACGGGGGGAGGGGGUCUACCUGCUAGGCCUGACCCUGCUGUGUGGGGGGGGGGUGAGGGGGCUACCUGCUAGGCCUGACCCUGCUGUAGGAGGGAGUGAGGGGGUCUACCUGUCUGCAAGGCCUCUCCUGCUGUAGGAGGGGGGAGGGGGUCUACCUGUCUGCAAGACCUAACCUGCUGUAGGUCCUUCCCCCCUCUGUCCUGGCUGGGCCCACUCCUCACUGAGGCUGAAGAACUGACCAAUCAAAAGCUCUGUACUUGAAAAACCAUGGACCAAUCGGACGGACUCGUGCGCACGGAAUGCGUGUGCGUCAAGGGGAACCUGGUGCCAAACCUUUUUCUUUCUUUCUUUAUUCAAUUUAAAAUUUUUUGAUUGGUGCAUUUCUUUUCACAAAAAUGUGUGGUUGGUUCUGAUUGGUCAGUUCUUUUCACACCAAUUCCCAUCCCCUCCCCCACCCGGGUCAUAAGCCACCCCCACCCUCGGCUCAGAGCCCUGCCCCUUUACUCCAACACCCCCCCCCCACCCCCACCCCCCAACACACCAGGAAAAGAAGUCCUCAACUCCAAAAGCUUGAAGAGACCAAUGCUCCGCCCUCACCAGUGACCUCACUCCGCCGCGGUAACACCCAUGCGCCGGGCUGGAAGAUCGGCUGUGCCCCCCCCCCCCGGUAAAAUGGGGAAGGGAACAGGACUCCAGCCCCUGUCCGUACACAGCCUUCUGUGCUCUACAGACCCCCCAGGACCGAGGUGCAAGCAGAGAGCAGAACGCAGGAACUCUCUCGAUACUAAUCCAGCUCAGAUCCUGAUCCAGCGCUGUUUAAUCCGUACGGUGCUUCACGUCCGAGCGUUAAAUAAACAGGAGACAUGUGAGAAGUCUCCUGGUUUGGGUGCUUUGGGUUUUGAGUUCUGGAAUUCAUGGAUCUGAAAGGGAAAACAUUUAAGUAAUUAAACAAAUUAAAUGAUAAAAUUAAUGUUUUGUGUAAUAUGUGCAAUGCCAAAAAUUGGCUAAUUUUAUUAAUUUCGUUAAACAAGUAAACCAUUAAUAUUUAUAUGCAUUUGGUAUGUAGUUGAUUAAAUAGUGUGAAAGCUUAAACAAAUUCUAUAAUUAUACAAAUUACAGAGUUAUAUGUAAAGGAUUUUUUUACAGGCGUGAGUAAGCUGAAUGUAAAUGGAAUUACUUUUGAAAUGCAGCAACAGCAGCUCGAGUAUAUUCAGAUGCCUUGGGUGCAAAUGUCCCCCUUUCUUAAUUAAGUUUACUGAAAGGAAGAACGAUGUUUCGUCGAAGUUACACGUUUAAUUUGGCGUGUGUAUUAUGCGCGCGCGCGUACCAUACACAUGCACACACAUUUCGCCAACUCCCAUUAGUUGAACACGAUGUUUCCUCAGACACCUGACUCCUCGUUAAAUAAUUACGCUUAGGACGUAAUAUUGAAGUUAUCACAGUCUAAACCGAUACGGUGUAAGUUAGCCGAAAUACGGGCGCGUUGCGCGGCGUUUUGGAACCGGCUCCGGCGUGCACGAGGAGAGACCGAGUUUACUGGGAGCACGAGAGGCACCGGCGCAAGGGUCUCACCCGAAAUCCUUCCCUGAGUUGUGAAACACUGCAGCUUUAGCAUUUACGCUAUUUUUAUAUGUAUAAAUAUACAGUAUUAUGCAGUUGUUGUUUUUUUUUUGUUGUUUUUUUAAGUAUUCUGCUGUUUUUUUUAAAGUAAUCUAAAGAUGUGUAUUUAUUUUUUGUCUAGUAUAUCCUGUGUGUAUAGAUUAUCUGCUCAGUGAAACUGUAAAUGAAUGUUUGCGCUCCGUUUACACAUUUAUGGGUGGCUAACCCACAUUCCAGCAAAAAAAAAAAAAGAAUUGUUGUGUCUUUGUAAUUCUGCCCAAAACAUCAUGUGUUAUUUUACCAAGAGUGAACUUCCUAAAAGACCAAAGAAUUCCAUGGAAGAGAAAAGGAGCGCAGCCUCAAUUAUAAAUCACAUUUAUCAUUAUUUUAUUCAAAGAGAAAAUAUUCCAUUAGGCUGCCUAAAGGCUUAAGAUACAAAUAUGUUAAGACUGCAGUAUCUGUUUGAUUGUGCUUAUCCCAAACGUGUUAAUAACAAACAUAUCUGCGUAUGAAGUUACCAGCCAAAUAUCCCCACUUUCCUUUAUUGCAUUUUCAAUAUUUCUGUGCUUUCAGUCUUUAAUGUAUGUAUUACAUCUGUCGAGAGGUACUGUAUAUUGGCUAUAUUGGCUAACUGAGCCAAUACCCGUUUCUACUGUCAGUACUGUAUUUAACAACAACUUCACCUCAAAUUGAUGUCCAGCAGGGGGCAGCAGAGCGGUAUUUUAAAAAAGAACAUACUUCUAUGGUCUGCCCAGCCAGUUAACCCAAAACAGAUUUUCGGGUUUAUAUUUUUUAAAUAUAUGUAUUUCAAUAUUAGAAUAUGUAUUUUGAUACAAUGCAUUACAGUAUUUAUGCAACUUUUUGUUUAGUUAUAUAUGGAGUGUCUGUGCAAGGAAUGAAUGCCUUUUAGUUCAUUUUAAAGCAAGGGCUGCAUUUCUGUAAUGACCUCUGACCCCUGCAACUGUGAUGUUGACUGAGCCGGUACUCUGUAAAAUGGAGGAUCCGUCAGUUGUCAACAGUCUGACCACUCAACCUAAAGUAUGUCCUUUACGGAAGUAGAAAAAUUAAAGUAGAAAUUUAAAUUUACAAGUGUUUUUGAAAGCAAACAUUUUCACAAAUAUUAAAAUUUUAUCUGAACAGUUUAUAUAGGCUACUGUAAAACUGGCAUUUGUAUAUCGUCAUCAAAAACUUGAGAUAUUUUGAUGUGUCAAAGACUUUGUGCAUUUCUCAGAAGUGAAAUACACUUGUACAGUAAUUAAACACUGG